AUCCAUGAAUUUGUCCGCAAGUGGUGCCUGUCCCCGCACGUGAAGCACAUGUUGGCCGUCGGAUGGUUGAUCGCAGCACAAAAAUCCCGUGUAAUAUAGCGAUGUUCCCCGAGUCAUUGACUCAUUUCCAGGGGCGACGGCAUCGCUUGACUCAAUUCUCGCCGGCGAUCCAUCUCUCCGUCCAUCGCUUUCGCCUUCCGUCUCUGGAUUCUUAGGAAGGAAAUAUACGACGAGUGAUGAGUUCUGUUGACUCUGGCAUGAAUUUUUCAGAAAAACAAUCUUUUUCUGAAAAACAAAGGGAAAAGAUAAAUGAGGUAAGAGCAUCACUGGGUUCACUGCCAGAUAAGUUACGUCUUUAUGCUUCUGAUGUAUCAAUUGCAAGAUAUUUAACAGCAAGAAACUGGAAUGUUCAAAAAGCAACUAAAAUGUUAAAAGAGACCUUGAAGUGGCGACUUGAAUAUGAACCAGAAAAAAUUCAUUGGGAUGAAAUAGCAAGUGAAGCUGAAACUGGAAAAAUUUACAGAACAAGUUUCUCGGAUAAAUUAGGAAGGAGCAUUCUUGUCAUGAGACCUCGAUGUGAGAACUCAAAGUCAAUCAAGGGAAAGAUUAGAUACUUGGUAUACUGUAUGGAGAAUGCCAUAUUGAAUCUUCCAUCUGAUCAGGAGCAAAUGGUGUGGCUCAUUGAUUUCAAAGGAUUCGACCUGUCAAAUAUAUCAAUCAGAACAACCAAAGCAACAGCUGAUGUAUUGCAAAAUCAUUACCCUGAAAGAUUGGGCUUAGCCAUACUUUACAACCCGCCAAAGUUCUUUGAACCUUUCUGGAAUAUUGCGAAACACUUGCUCGAACCAAAGACCUAUAGAAAAGUAAAGUUCGUAUACCCAAAUGAUGACAACUCCAAAAUGAUCAUGGAAGAGUUCUUCAAUAUGGAUGAAUUAGACUGUGCAUUUGGAGGAAAUAGCCAAGUGGGCUUCAACAUUAAUGAUUAUGCUGCUAGGAUGAGAGAUGAUGAACAGAGAAUGCCCUUCUUCUGGUGCCAAGAAAAUGGUUCAUCCCCAGAAAAAUCUGCAACUUUAGAUGAUAAUUUUAGUGCUGGAAAUUGUGAAUCAGAACCAGAUUCCAGAGGAACAACAGAAAAUGGCGUUGUUGGUUCAAGCAACACCAUAGGUACUUCAUUGCCUUAAAUAAUUUCAGGGAGUGGAAAUGAUCAGUUGUUUCAAUGUAAUCCAACUGAUAGAAAUCUUUGCUUUAACAUUUUCAUGUUUCUGGACCAAAUAUUCAAAGUUAUGAGCAUGAAAUACAAUUGUUGCUUGCUACUACUCUUAGAAUAAAUUUGACUGAGUCUUUCUUUUUCCUACU